AUGAUUCGCGCAAGUGUGCUCCUCACGGGCGCUGUCGUCCUCGCCCUGACUGUCCUCACCUCGAGCACUGUCGUUCUGGCCAGUCCGGCUCCCCAGCGCGGUGAAGCAGGUUUGGUGCCAGAAGAAGAGGUGACCGGUGCGAGACUCCCUACCUGGGGCUCGGACUGCCUGCGAGGACAGUGUCAGCAGGUCGUCUUCAAUCUGAAAGCUAGCGGAGUCAGCUCGUCUCAGGAAGCUUGCGAUGCCUUCGAGCUCACGUGCUCACGCCGUGACGGUAACACCCUGACGGACAGCGAUUCUACGUGCUCCAGAUGGACCGACGACAAUACCAUCAUCGCCAGUUGCACUACUCGUGGUGAAACUGGUGACGUCGUAUACGGCGUUACUGGAGAUGUUGGCCGGGUUUCAAAUCUCCUCCAGCAGGAUGGCAAGGUCACCAUUCCUGCCAUCAUUGUUCGAGACUACCGCAACGUCAAAGACGAUUCAAACUUUCCCACCGUGAAGGAUCAGUGCGCCGGUAAUCCGCCCGACAGACAGUAUUGCGACAUGCACCGUAAGUCAGGUUUGCAGCAGACGCUGAUCGCAUUCAGCAGCUGACCCGCAACGCUCGUUUCGCUUUCAGUAUUUGAGUGGAUCCGCGCGUUCAGUGAGAGCAAGAAACCAUCAGCUUCGGUCAACGACAUCUGCGAUUACUGGGCCACAACGUGCGAGGGCAUCCCCGCUUUGCGAGACGUCGUCUUCCGCCCAAAGUGCCACAUCAUCGACGCCGCCAAGGGCAUCAUUUCGGCCAGCUGUGGUCGUAAGGAGCCCACCGGGGUUUGGCUCUCGGACACUCGUUCCGCAGCACUGAACCUGAAGGUUCAGGCGGUUCAGCCUCAGCUAGGCCGCCAAUGCGAUGAGUGGACUCAGGUGCGUUUUUACACGGUCGUGCCGAAUGCAUUGCCUGCCCCAAUGUUGAGAGCUGACAUGACUUGCUUUCUUGCGUGCGAAGGGCUACUGCACUGCCGAUUACCCCGAAGUUGCCGUCUUCUCCUCAGAAUGA